AUGUGCCAGAUCCAGCCAGAGGACUCUCGCAGUUUUGAAUGGGAUGGCAUUUUCCUGACUGCCACUUACAAUGACGCUAACAAUGCCCCGCAGACAGAGAAGCUCACCUGUAGAAUGUUGAUCCACCUCUGUCUGGUGGAUGUCCCGGGGAUUCCCGGUCAGAAGUUUCUGAUCCAAGCCUACACCACCAAAGGACUGAGACAGAGUGCCCCUCACAGCACAUUUCACUCCACAAAGCCUCAGACAGUCCUGGGUCUGUUGGACAACUCCAGCUCCACCUCUCAUCUACACCUUUUGAUCCUCCCCCCUACUUACUCUUACUUCAACCUAUACAACAUAGAGGUGUUCAAGGAGAAUGGAUCUGAGCUGCUGUUUGAUCAAAACAUCUCACUAAGUCAUGACGAGACGGACAUAUUCCUGUGGAAUCUUACAGCCGGCACCUUGUAUAACUUCUCUGUUACAACUAGAACAAUCUGGGAAGAAAGUGACAUAUAUUCUACAGAAUUUGUUACAUACCCUAACAGUCCUGAACAUUUGCAGAUAAAAGAGGUCACCAACUCCAGUGUGACCUUGACCUGGAUGCCAGUGACCUCUGGAGGCCUGGAUUAUUAUCAGUGUAGUAUAUCUCCCAGGGAAACCAACACACAGUCUCCAGUCGAGCAAGCUAACCUUCAGAUCAGACAAGUGACCUUCAAUAACCUUGUCCCUGGGAAGAAUUACACUGUAGCUGUCCGAGCUGCCAAACAGAAAAAGCUAAGUCCCCAGAUCACAGCAGAAUUACUCACAGUUCCAAAUCCACCAGAGAUGGUGAACAUAACUCCUAUCAGCGGCAGAGAACUGGAUGUUGAUUGGUCACCACCAUCCAAUGGAAUUGUGGAUUACUAUACUCUGUACCUGACAGCAGACCACACCCACCCAAUAAAUGUAACAGAGAGAGUAUACAUAAGUUACCACAGGUUUACCUCCCUACACCCCGGGGAGACCUACACAGUCCAUAUCAGGUCACACGUAGCCAACAUGAUGAGUUCAGAGGUUACCCAGUCAGCCAUGACAAACCCCAGCUCUGUGGCUGAGUUGUAUGUGGAUCACGUAGGAACUAACACAGUUAAUAUUUCCUGGCCCAGACCUAAUGGUAGUACAUUUGAUACCUUCCAGAUUGCUAUAGACCCCCCUCAUGCACAGUCUCCCAUUUCCAUCCCAGAAUCCAGUGACAUUUUACAGUACACCUUCACUAACCUGACCCCUGGUCAGCUGUACAAGAUUUCCAUCACCACGGUCAACAAGGGCAUCCAGAGUGACCAGGCCAGUGUUCAUGUUAUCACAGAACCAAUGCCUGUAGAAGAUUUGAAUGUGACCUCUGGUGACCCCCACACUCUCAAUGUGGAGUGGAGAACAGUUGACCCCAGACAACAACAUCACUUCAUUCUUCAGUACCAUGACUGGUUAGACAGUGGUAAUACAUCUCUACCCAUGGUUCUUGCUCUCCAUGAUAAAUUUAAGUACGAGACACACAUCCUAAAUCUGAGACCUGGUCACCACUACUCUGUGUACGUUCAGGCUAAACAGGUCUUGGAUGCAGGGAACGGCUCCCUUGUAGCCUACAGCUCCUGGCAGAGUGUCAACAAGACUACAAAACCCAACAAGGUAAUGAAUUUGACAUACACCUCGUCCCAUAAUGACAUCACCCUGACAUGGUUGCCAGGCAACGACAGCAUACAGGAUAGUUACUUUGUCUGGUACCGGGCCCGUCUCCAUGGUGACUACAGUCAAUGGAAGAAAAACAUCAGUGACAAUACACAAAUCGUUCUCUCUUCCUUGUUCCCUGGACUCUUGUAUGAGAUGGUAGUGUUUGCUGUCAGCCAUUCUGAGAUGAGUCCGCCCUCAGUUGUGUCUGCACUAAUGCCUCCUCUACCUCCUAGCAGUUUAGAAGUAACAUCUGUCACCAGUAACAGCCUUUCUCUCAAGUGGACGUACAACAGUAACACAACCUACAUAGAGAGCUGGAAUCUCACUUACACCAGUCUGAUAGACAGUGUGUCUAACACAGUUAAUAUCCAGGCCAACUCAUCAAACAACACUGUUAGAUACAAUAUUACUGGACUUACUUCUGGACACACCUAUAAUAUCACUAUCUACAGUAUUGUGCAAAAUUCUGUCUCCAAGUCUGUGAAUUUGAAUGUCUCUGUCCAGCCAGAAAUAAAGACAGUUUUGUCUGAGGGAAAUGUUGGAAGUAAAAACAUCUCAGUCUUGUACACUGACACUGACAACUACUUUGAGUAUUAUGUGUUUGAACUGGUGGCCACGUCAUCAAUAGUGAAGAAGAACAGAACUGACACAGAUCGCAGUGUGGUGUUCUCAGGUCUAGAGGGAGGGACCCAGUACAGUAUCAAAGUGACUGCUGUCAGUGGGGACCAGUCUAGUCCUCCCACUUUUAUACAGAUACGUACUGUGCCUGAGCUACCAUAUGUUGGUAGAGAGAAGUCAGCUAACUAUAUUAAGUUGACCAUCCAUAAACCAAAUGGAAAUGUUGAUUCGUACCGUGUAACGUGUUCUAAAAGUUGUGGAUCCCAAACAAGACUAGCAAACCAGACAACAGUUGUGCUAGAGUUCGGUCCCCUAAAUCCAUACACAGAUUAUCAGUUUGAAAUUGAAGCCAUUGCUGGGUAUAAACACAGCUCCCUCUUUAUCUCCUCCAGGACAGAAGAAUCAGCACCCUCUGCUGUUCAGAACUUGAAUGUGGUUGAGAUUUCACCCAGGACUGUAAAUGUGAGCUGGUCACCCCCUAGAAAUCCUAAUGGAAUCAUCCGUUCUUAUCACAUAGCAUACACUGCAGAGGAUGAGUUUGGGCACAUUAUGGACCAGGGUGAGAAGGACAUUGGAGUGACCACAGAACUUAUGGCUGCUCAGCUUAUCAGAGAGAAAUUCACAGACCUUAAGGCUGGACUCAAAUAUACAUUCAAAGUGUCAGCUAGAACUGUAAUAGAAAAUAUUCCAGAGAAGUUUGAAAUUGUUCUACGCACCUACAAUCCUCCUAUCAAAGACAGCCUGACCUUGAGUCAAACAAAACCAAAGCAGCUGACCUCAGGAGGUCAAACUGUGACCCCCUCCACCAUUACGGCCAACUUUACAAAUGCCUUCUCUGAUAAGUACGGCAGUAUACAGGCCUACACAGUCAUUAUAGCCACAGACCCUGAUGAGGAGCACAUCAAAACCAGCACCCUGCCCGACUGGAAGGCUGCCCAGAUCAACCCCAACAUCAAAGCCUACCAGACCAUUCGGAACUGCUCGGACUUCUUCCAGUUGACGUCUUCCUGCGGUCGAGCUCGGUCCAGGCGGAGUGUGGUGGAGAAGAAUUUUAAAGUGUUUGAGAUUGGUGUGGAGGCAGAUUGUAAUAAUGUGUUGUACUGUAAUGGUCCACUCAAACAGAACACUAAGUACUACAUCAGACUGCGGGCUUACACAGCGGGGGGAUACGCUGACACUGCUUACUCAGAUCCUAUCACCACAGGGAUAGUCCCUGCCGCAGAUGAUGAAGCCAAUGUGGGAGCAAUCGUCGCAGCAGUCGUCUGUUCUGUCUUUGUCAUUGUCUUCAUCAUCGCCAUCUUCUUCUUCCGAAGUCGGUUACAGAAAAAGAGCCCAGAGGGACCACCAGGUCAUUCUCCCAGAACAAGCUUCAGUCGACACAAGAAAAGUCAUGAGUUCAAGGUGGCAGACUUCAAGGAGUACAUUAAGACAUUGUCAGCUGACUCGGAUUUUAAAUAUGCUGAACAAUUUGAGGAUCUGAAGGAAGUAGGAAGAGAUCAGUCCUGUUCUGCAGCAGAGCUCCCAGUCAAUCGGGGGAAGAAUCGUUUUACCAAUAUUUUACCUUACGACCAUUCCCGUGUCAAACUCCUCCCCACAGAUGAUGAAGAAGGAUCAGACUACAUCAAUGCUAACUACAUGCCGGGAUUUACAUCCAAGAGAGAAUACAUCGUUACACAGGGGCCACUACCUUCCACCAGGGAUGAUUUCUGGAGAAUGAUCUGGGAGCAAAACGUCCGUAAUAUUGUCAUGUUGACUCGCUGUACAGAAAAAGGCAGGGAGAAAUGUGAUCACUACUGGCCUACUAAUUCAGAUGCCAUGUUUUAUGGAGAUUUACAAGUGGCUGUUCUCUCAGAGACACGUUUCCCAUCCUGGACCAUCUCAGAAAUGAGGGUAGCUUAUGGUAACGUCACUCGACCCAUCAGGCACUUUCAUUUCACCGCUUGGCCAGACUUCGGAGUACCAGAGAAGCCUCCAACACUGAUUAAGUUUGUACGCAUUGUUAGAGAUCAGAUGAUUAGAGAAUGUGGUCCAAUUCUGGUUCAUUGUAGUGCGGGAGUUGGAAGAUCUGGCACCUUUAUCGUGUUGGAUCGCCUGCUACAGGAAAUUAAAGAGCGUGAUACUGUUGACAUCUUCUCCAUUGUACACGAUCUGAGGAAGGAACGAGUCUGGAUGGUACAGACAGAGCAACAGUACGUGUGUAUACACCAGUGUCUACUGUGUGUGUUAGAGGGCAGGGAAGAGGAACAUGUGUAUCAGAAUGUAGGAAUAGCUAAUGCAGCAUUUGAUGCUGAUGAUGAAGGCAUCAAUGUAGAAAUCCCCUGAGAGGACCUCACUGCCAAACAAUCCUGGUGUUUCCCUCUAAGGGGCCCCAUGUCAUCUGACAUAUGUGUCCUAAUUCCUACAGGAUUUGUUGUUUGGAAACUGAGUAUUUUCUCUUUACAAGGUGUAUUACUUUUUGAAAACAUUUUAAAUUUACACAUUGCAGUUAACUCCCUUAAUGUAGAUUACAACAUUGCUGUUAACUCCCUUUUUGUAGAUUACACCUUUGCAGUUAACUCCCUUUAUGUAGAUUACAACGAAUUUUUUUUUUGUGGGCCCACUAAUAUCAGACUUUUUUUUCAUAUUUCUUAUACUGCAUAAUCCCACCACAUUCCAUUAUAAACUGCCAGUAUAUAUGUGUUUUCUAAAAAUUUUUUUCAUAUUUGAUAUAAAUUCAAUGUUUUUAACUGAUAAUAUGCUAUGCUUCUAUUUUUAUUGCGGUAGUGAUAUUACAUGAUGAGGUUGUGUAUUUACGGUUUAUUCUAUCAGAAUUGUUGGUGCUGUCAAUAUUGUGUACAUAUCCAUUCCAUGUCCAUGUAUAUUGUUUUAUUUUUAUGAUAUUUAUUAUAUUUAUUGUUUGACCAUGUUGUUUACUGUGUAUUUUUAAAAAUGACAUUGAAAGUU